UAUACAUAUAUAGUGUGCGCCUGCCUGGGCUGUCGUUCACGUCUCUGCCAGCCCGCCCGCCCGCAUGUGGCGUUGGCUAUAGACGGCUGUCGAAGCUGUCGCUUAGGCAUUUGCAUCUGCUACUCCUUCGCAGACCAUUUGAAUCCUCAAGUGGUUGACGAAAAACAAAAACAACAACAACGAGGAAUACACGCAACAACAAUAAACCCGCUCGUGACCUCAUCAACAGUCCAUCACUAACAAGAACAACAACAGUAACAGCAACAAAAACAACAGUUAUUGCCCAGCUGGGCUUCAUCUUCAGCAACAAUCCUUGUGCAGUGGAGCAACGGCUUUUAAGGCGUACCUUAGCAGCAGUGCUGCUCUAACAUAUCCACAAUAAAGCCAAAGCAGAAGGCGAGGCGAAUUGCAUGCGGCAGUUGAAAGCCAGACGCAGUGGAAGAUUGGACAGGACGUUUACCAAUUAGUUUAGAAUGGAUGUGGAAAGGCGGCGUCGAGCGAAGGCGCUGGAGCGCGAGAUGCGCGAUCCGACCAGCAGCUGCAACGUGGACUGCCUGCUGGACACGGUCUCGGCUCUGGUCAGCGAUUGUAGUCACGAAUCGCUGAAGCGUUUCAAGAACAUCGAUCAAUAUGCAUGUAAAUAUAAGCCCCUGGCACAGCAGAUCAAUCAGCUGCGCAUGAAUGUGGAUGAUUUCGAUUUCAUCAAACUGAUCGGAGCUGGUGCCUUUGGCGAGGUGCAGCUGGUCAGGCACAAGUCAUCCAGUCAGGUGUACGCCAUGAAACGGCUAUCCAAAUUUGAGAUGAUGAAACGUCCGGAUUCCGCCUUCUUCUGGGAGGAGCGUCACAUUAUGGCGCACGCGAACUCCGAAUGGAUUGUACAAUUGCAUUUCGCAUUCCAGGAUAGCAAAUACCUGUACAUGGUAAUGGACUUUAUGCCGGGCGGUGAUAUAGUCACGCUAAUGGGUGACUAUGAUAUACCCGAGAAAUGGGCCAUAUUUUACACAAUGGAAGUGGUCCUCGCCUUGGACACCAUACACAAUAUGGGCUUUGUGCAUCGCGACGUUAAGCCCGACAAUAUGCUAUUGGAUAGCUAUGGCCAUUUGAAGCUAGCCGAUUUUGGCACCUGCAUGCGCAUGGGCCCCAACGGUCAGGUGGUGUCCAGCAAUGCGGUGGGCACACCCGACUACAUCAGUCCCGAGGUGCUGCAGUCUCAGGGCGUGGACAACGAGUAUGGGCGAGAGUGCGAUUGGUGGUCGGUGGGCAUAUUCCUAUAUGAGAUGCUAUUCGGCGAGACGCCCUUCUAUGCGGACUCACUCGUUGGCACCUAUGGCAAAAUCAUGGAUCACAAGAACUCGCUUAGCUUUCCCGCCGAGGUGGAGAUCAGUGAGAAUGCGAAGUCAUUGAUACGCGCCUUCCUCACGGAUCGGACACAGCGAUUGGGUCGCUAUGGCAUCGAGGACAUCAAGGCGCAUCCGUUCUUUCGGAACGAUACGUGGUCGUUUGAUAAUAUACGACAGAGUGUGCCGCCUGUGGUGCCGGAGCUGACGUCCGACGAUGAUACGCGCAAUUUCGAGGAUAUUGAACGAGAUGAGAAGCCCGAGGAGAUGUUUCCGGUGCCCAAGAGUUUCGAUGGCAAUCAUCUGCCCUUCAUUGGCUUCACCUAUACGGGCGACUAUCAGCUGCUGUCGAGUGACACAGUCGAUGCCGAAUCGAAGGAAUCACAGUCGGUGAACAGCAGCACCAAUGCAAAUAACAAUCAUGGACACACUCAUCGCCAUCGGCCGUCGAAUUCGAAUGAGCUGAAACGGCUCGAGGCGCUGCUCGAACGGGAACGGGCUCGCUGCGAGGCACUGGAGCAGCAGGACACGAGAUUGAGGCAACAACUGGAUUUGAUCACCAAGCGAGAGGCCGACCUGCAGCGCAUUGCGAGCGAAUAUGAAAUGGAUUUGACGCUGAGGCAGCACAACUACAAGGUGGCCAUGCAGAAGGUCGAGGUGGAGAUUGAGCUGCGCAAGAAGGCGGAGGCGUUGAUUGUGGAGACACAGCGGAAGCUGGAGAACGAACAAAAGACACGCAUGCGUGAUCUGAAUAUCAAUGAGAAGGUUCUCACGCUCGAGAAGCAGCUGCACGACAUGGAGCUGAGCUUUAAGAACGAAACGGAGCAAACGCAGAAGCUGAAGAAGCAGAAUGCCGAGCUGGGCUUCACGCUGAAAACACACGAGGAGAAGGUGCGCGACUUGGUCGAGCUGAAUAAGACGCUGCAGAAGGAGAAGGAGGAGCUCGAUCAGGAGAAUGCCGACUUGCAGGCGCAGGUGGCGCAGGAGAAAACGCUGCGCUCCCAGCUGAAGGUUGUCCACAAGGAAGCUGAGAACAAGAUGCAGACGCUGACAAAUGAUUUGGAGCGCUCGCUGCAGCGGGAGCAGAAGGCGCAGGAGGAUAAUCGUGCGCUGCUGGAGAAGAUUAGCGAACUGGAGCGAACGCAUGCGAGUCUCGAUUUUGAGCUCAAGGCCGCACAGGGUCGCUAUCAGCAGGAGGUGCGCGCGCAUCAGGAGACGGAGAAGUCGCGUCUCGUCUCGCGCGAGGAGGCCAAUCUGCAGGAGGUGAAGGCCUUACAGUCCAAGCUCAAUGAGGAGAAAUCCGCACGCAUCAAGGCCGAUCAGAAUUCGCAGGAGAAGGAGCGACAGCUGAGCAUGCUGUCCGUCGACUAUCGCCAAAUCCAGCUGCGUCUGCAGAAGCUGGAGGGCGAGUGCCGGCAGGAGUCGGAAAAGGUGGCCGCACUCCAGUCCCAGCUGGAUCAGGAGCAUAUCAAACGCAACUCGCUGCUCUCCGAAAGAAGUUUGCACACUUCGGAGGUGGCGCAUUUGCGUUCACGAGAGGCUCAGCUGCAGAAGGAGCUGGCGGCGCAACGCGAGGCUAAGCGACGCUUGGAGGAGGAUCUAACGCAGCUGAAGGCCACACAUCACGAGGCAUUGGCCAACAAUCGGGAGCUGCAAGCCCAACUGGAGGCGGAGCAAUGCUUCUCGCGCCUGUACAAGACGCAGGCGAACGAGAAUCGGGAAGAGAGCGCCGAGCGUUUGUCCAAAAUCGAGGAUCUCGAGGAGGAGCGCGUCUCGCUGAAGCACCAAGUGCAAGUGGCUGUCGCUCGCGCCGAUUCGGAAGCACUUGCUCGCUCCAUCGCCGAGGAAACGGUGGCCGAUCUCGAGAAGGAGAAAACCAUCAAGGAGCUCGAACUGAAGGACUUCAUAAUGAAGCAUCGCAACGAGAUCAAUGCCAAGGAGGCGACUAUAGCCGCGCUCAAAGAAACCGAAGCCGAUCUGCACAAGAAACUCAAAUCGAAGAGCAGCGAAUUGGACGAAAUGCUCGCGCAGCACAAGAAACAGCUCGAGGAGCUGCAGCAACAGCGCAUCGCCAAGGACGAGGAGAUCGCCAAGCUGGGCGAGAAGUGCAAGAACGAAGUGCUGCUCAAACAGGUGGCCGUGGCCAAACUAACCGAGGUCAUGAAUCGUCGCGACUCCGACUGGCCAAAACAAAAGGUCAAGGCUCGCUCCACCGCCGAACUGCGCAAAAAGGAAAAGGAGAUGCGUCGCUUGCAGCAGGAGCUGUCGCAGGAGCGCGAGAAAUACAACCAGAUGCUGCUUAAAUAUCAGGAUCUGCAACAGCAGGCCGUCGAGGAUCAGCAGGUGAAGCAGAAGAUGAGCAUGGAGAUCGAUUGCAAGGCCACCGAAAUUGAGCAUCUACAGAGUAAGCUCAACGAGACGGCCUCGCUGUCGUCGGCCGACAAUGAUCCAGAGGAUACUCAGGUAAGGCACACACUCACUCUGUUUUCUGCUCGGACUCAACUAUUUCUUCUCUCACUUACACAGGACUCCGUCUUCGAGGGCGUCUUGUCUGUGCCAAAUAAACAGAAUCGUCGCCGCGGCCAGAACUGGAAGCGACAAUAUGUGAUCGUCUCGUCCCGCAAAAUCAUCUUCUACAAUACAGAAAAUGACAAGAAUAAAACGACAGAUCCCGUGCUCAUACUCGAUCUAAGCAAAGUCUAUCAUGUGCGCAGCGUUACCCAAGGCGACGUCAUACGCGCCGAUGCCAAAGAGAUUCCGCGCAUCUUUCAGCUGCUGUACGCCGGCGAGGGCGCCUCCCAUCGUCCCGAUGAGCAGCUGGAUGCGACUCUGCAUGCCAGCAGCAAUGAGGAGCGGCCAGGCACCAUUUUGCAUAAGGGUCAUGAGUUUGUUCACAUUACGUACCACACGCCAUCGUUCUGUGACGUCUGCGCCAAGCCGCUUUGGUCCGUGUUUAAGCCGCCGGCGGCCUACGAAUGCAAGAGAUGCCGCAAUAAGAUACACAAGGAACAUGUGGACAAACAAGAUCCACUGGCGCCAUGCAAACUGCAUUUGGAUCCGCGCAGCGCACGCGACAUGCUGCUUUUGGCCAACACGCCCGAGGAGCAAUCUCUGUGGGUGGCACGCCUGCUCAAGCGUAUACAGAAGAGCGGCUAUAAGGCCAACUCAUCCAAUAACAACACCACAGACGGCAGCAAAAUAUCGCCCAGCCAAUCGACACGUUCCGCCUACAAGCCGUAUGCGCCGAACGUGCAACGUUCUGCCACGCUGCCGGCCAACUCUUCGUUGAAGCAAUGAAGCUCGUCUGGCAUAUACAAAAUUAGCUACAGAUGCAUACACUAUACAUGUAUAUUUGUAUAUGUAUAAACUCAUUUAUAUAUAUAUGCAUAUAUAUAUAUAUCUACACACAACUAAUUGGAGCAUGUGUGAUGGGGUGGCGCGAGGAAGAUGAUGCUGCAAAUUCAUUUCAAAUGUUGGAAAGAGAAAAACAACAAACAAGCCAACAACAAAAGGUUGUCUUCUAACAGAUUGUAUCUAAUGUUCAUACCAACUACUUAUAACUAAAAUAUCUACUUAAUUUAACGCUACAUAAAUGCAUACUACUACAACUACAACAACUACUACUACUACAUCGAUUCCGCGUAAUAUAUAUUCACAUAUAUAA